AUGGCGAAGUCGUUUGGUCCCGUCGCUCCAGUCGCCUGCAACAUGGUUGACACAAAGUACAUGCUGAGGUCUGCUAAUGUGAAGGGUCAUGAAGUUCCUACCAGCUUUACUCUCCUCAAGCAGAAGUCUCCAGCUGUUGUUGUACCUCCGCUCGCCGACGGUGUUCGUCUGGUCACAGUAGAUGAGUACAAACAAGCGGCUGCCUGUCUGGCAGAGGCUUUUGCUGAGGACGAGGUUGCUCGUUACUUUGUUGAUGUGCCUGACGGUGAAGAGUGGACUGAAGAGGAGAGAUAUGCGCUCCAUACUGAGAUCCUGGAGUACAUGACUUACGCUCACAUCCUCAAGGGUCUGGUGACUACUGUGGGAGACUUCGAGGCCGUGGCGCUCUGGAUGCCGCCUGGCCAGAACAUGGACGACUACCUGACCAUGUUCCGUAGCGGUCUCUGGCGCCUCAAUUACCGCCUCUCUCCCGAGGGCAAGCGUCGCUUCUUCAGCGAGUUCUUCCCUCUCCUCCACGACACCAUGCAAGUCACUCUCGGCGACCGCGAGCUCGAGACGUGGUACCUCGUCUACCUCGGCACUCGCCCUGCCGGACGCGGCAAGGGUCACGCUCGCAAGCUCGUUGAGCACGUGACGAAGAUGGCAGAUGCUGAGGGCAGAGCUUGCUACCUGGAGUCGAGCAAUGCGAACAACCCGGCCAUCUACCGGAAGUUUGGCUUUGAGGAGUGUCGCACGAUUCACCUGCAGCGUGCGCAGAAGAACAUCUCCCUUGAUAUCAUGGUGAGAGAGCCUGUUGUUCGCGAGAAGAAGGCCGGAAUGUAG